AUGUUGCGUUAUUUGAUUCAUCAUGCAUUAUCUUCAAAUCCAUCGUUGUUCAUUCGAUCGGUGAUUAAUGUUCCCUAUCGGAAACCUGUUUCCAAUGAUUCAGAUGUCAUCAUCGACUAUGCAACCAAAAUGAAAGAGUUAAAUAAACAAGAAGACUCAGGCAAAAUUUUAAAAUUAUUCGACGAAAUUACAAAAACAAAACAACUCCUUCCAAAUUCAUUCAUUUGUUUAUUAGCAUUACAAGCAUGUAUAAGAACAAAAAAUUUCAGCAAAGGUAAAGAAAUUCACUCGAUUAUCAAGCAAAAUCCACAUAUCGAUCUAAGUCAAACAGCUGAUUUACGUUUAAAAAAUACAUUAAUAUCAUUUUAUGCAAAAUGUGGUACUAGUGAAGAAAUCGUCGAAGCUGAACAACUUUUUUAUGAAAUACCCGGUGGUCAACGGGAUACAAUCACCUAUAACACAAUGAUGAAAGGAUAUAAUAUUCAUCGUAUGUUUGAGAAAUCAUUGAAAUUAUUUGAUCAUAUGCAACAAAUGGAUAAAGAUGAUACCUCGUACAAAAUGGCUAUGAAUGCGUAUAGCAAAUUGGGAUAUGAAAAACAAGCAAAAGAAUUAAAAAAAGAUUUCGAGAAAUUAUAUGGAUACAAAUUUGAACAUGAUUCAAACCGAGAUUUGGUAUUCAAUACAUCGUUGAUUGACACUUAUGGUCGUAACGGUCAGAUUGAAAAUGCAAUUCGUUUAUUUUUAUCUAUGCCAAAGAAAAAUGUAUAUACUUACGGCUCAAUGAUGAAAUGUUAUAUUCAAAAUGAAAUGGCGAAAGAAGCUCUCGAUUUAUAUGAUGAAUUAUUACUAGAUAAAAAAAAUCAAGUGCAACCAAAUUAUGUCAUUUAUAUUCUAGCCUUUACUGCUUGUGGCAAAAUAGGAAAUAGUUGUUUAGAUAAAGGUUCACAAGUUCACGCUGAUCUUCUCAAACAACCACAUCUUAUAACCGCCGAAAGUUACGUUAAAUUAUACGCUGCUCUUAUCGAUAUGUAUGGGAAAUGUGGUAAUGUUGAAAAUGCUCGUAAAAUAUUUGAUGAAGUACCUAGAGAUCAACAAACAACGAUUCUGUGGAAUUCUUUGUUAACCUCUUACGCUGUCAAUGGUUUAGGACAAGAUGUUUUAGAAUUGUAUAAAACAAUGCUCGACCAUCAAUGUAAACCUGACAGUAGAACAUCUCCAAUUGUAAUGAACUCAUGCAAUAAUUCGGGUUUGCUUAAUGAAGCCAAACACGUUUUUGAGCAAAUUCACACAGACAAGAGAUAG